AUGUCUGAAGAGAGACAUUCGAAGGGAUUUUGUGGACUUACACCUGAGGGCAGCUACCAAGGGGAAUACAAAGUUCUACAGGAUGCAAGGUCAUGUGAGGCUGGAAGAGCCAUUCUGUGGAGACAAGGUGUGAGGAGCACAGGUUCUGGGCUCAAUGGAGCAAAGGGAAAACAACUGUAUAUGAUGACAUGCAGGCAACAUCCAGGCAGCUGUGGUGCAAAGAAUGACAACGACAUCAAUGAUCGAUGCAGACCGAAGGCCACACAACACAAGAAUAGCCAUCCCAGGGACAUGGAGUGUGACGGGGGCUACCGAGCUCAAACACUCAAGGUUUCAUUUGGUUCUGAGAAGUUGCACUUACAUCUACCUUAUUCUAGGGAAAGUUGCAAGGAAGUAUGGCAAGAUGAGUGUGAGGACUGCAGAUCGAUCUAUGACAGCGAUCGUCGAAGAUACAAGAUCCGACAGACAUGGGCACUGAGUGUGACAGCCCAAGUUUUUCUUGUGAGUGAUUUGAUGGCAGGUUUGGUUGGAUGUCUCCUGACUGUCCCCACUUGCACUGUGCUUGUUUGUGCCAUGACAGAUUGUUUGGUUGGAUGUCUGCUGACUGGCCCCACUUGUAAUGUGCUUGUUUGUGCAAUGUGCAAUGUCAGCUUUAUGAUCUAUAGUGAUAUGGAUGAUUCCAAUGUCUUCUCUGCUGCUGCAACAUCAGAUUGCAACCCCAAUGCACCAUCACAAGAGGUCUCCAUUUGCUCAAUAGCUGAGCAUGGUGUUUUACCAAACAAAGAAGUUGUUGUUGUUCUGGCUGUCCAGCAGUACAAGAGUUCUUGUAUUGAAGCCACUAUCCACCAGGCUGUCAAACAUGCUGUCCAGCAGCAUGGUCCUCACUUGCAUGAUUUGUGUCAGACUCUUCUGCAAAUUGUUUUGGAGAAUUGUCAUUUGGCUAGACAAACAUGUAUAUAA